CUUCCUUUAUUUCACAACUUUUUACUUCUCUAAAUCUUAUUCAUAGCUCCAGGGCUCGAAAUUUCUGUUGCCUUACUGAUGCCUGGCUUGUUGGCUCAAGCGGCAUUGAUCCGGUCUUAUGGCAAAGACCCUGAGUGACCACCUCUUGCAUACCUUAGAGAGCCUGGUGGCCUAUGAUCUGGAAAAGUUUAAGUUCAAACUACAAAAUGCCAACUUGGAUAAAAAUAGAGAUCGGAUUCCCCAAGGCAGACUUCAAGAUGCUGAUGGACCAGUGAAGCUUGCUGCACUUCUGGUCAAUUCUUAUGGGGAAAAAUAUGCCGUGAAGUUGACCCUGCAGGUGUUGCAAGCUAUCAACCAAAAUCUCCUGAUGGAGGAGCUCAGAAAAGCAACUAACUCAGAACAUUUGACUCAAGAGAGUGUUAGAGAAAUCUUGAGAAUCCCUACUUUCUCAAGGGAAACAGGAUCUAAGAAACUGGAAACUACUGUUCCUCUGAAAAGAGCAAUAAAGAAUCCAGAUGCUGAUUUGCAGGAUCCACAUGAAGCUGACAUAGCUGGGCUGCAGCUUCCAGUUCUGUCCCACCAGUUGUAUGCUGAACAAGAAUGUCAGAAGAAAUUCCAGUGGGAACAGGAAGAUCAGAGGACUAUAAACAGCUCACAUGUGACUGAAAUUCAGGAGAGACAUAGGAACCAUUCUGUGAAUCCAGAAGGCAACAGAUAUGAAUAUUCAGAAGUUGUCAUCUUAGGGCAAAAAGCAAACAGGAAUCAAAAGCCUUUCUUUUUUUUGGGAGAGAAGAAACUAGAGAAGCAUGGAUUUGGUGCAUCUUUAGGAGAGCAAAAUUACUACUCAAAUCAAAAAUCGGUGAAUAAGAGACCUGGGAAUCCAGAAGUUUCUAUGUUCUUGGAGGAGCAAGUAGUACUCCCUGAAUCCCAGGGGGAAAAAAUACUUGUGAAUAUGGAUACUUCCCUAUCUUCAGGAAAAAAAGAACCUAAGAGUACUGGAAACCAGUGUUUAAAAGAAAAUUCUGAAGAUGUGCUGACACCGACCAGGAUACCCACUGAAGCCUUCAACAUCAGAAGGAGCACAGGAGCUCCUGUCAGAGCAGCAUCCCUGAGGAAAAUGCAGGAAUCGUGUUCGAUUUGUCAGGACAUGGUGCGAAAACCGUCAAGGAAUUCCUGUAGUCACAACAUCAGAUACCAAUGCAAUAAUGAGUAUAAUGUCUGCCUCAAAUGCAAGAUCAUGUUUUCUAAGAAUUUCCACCAUAGCAAGAGUCUAGGAAACAUACCCACUGAUUUCCAGGAGCCAAUGCAAAGUCCUGGUUCCACGCCUCAUUGUGAACACCACCCAAAGCAGCUCCAACAACUGUUCUGCAAGGAUCAUGGAAAAACCAUUUGUCUCAACUGCAGUAUGUCCCCGGAGCACAAAGGUCAUCGAAUACUCACUGUAGAGGAGGUUACUCAAAGCUAUAAGGAACAAAUUCGGAGUCGUCUGGAGCAUCUUAAGAAAGUAAGAGAAGCAGCUAAAGAGAAGAAAUCACAAGGAGAUGAGGAAAUGGCAGUCUUCCUGAACAAGACAGAAACUCAGAAGGAGCAGAUUUUGUCCCGACUGAUGCAGGUGCAUCAGUUUUUAGAGGAACAAGAGCAACUCUUUCUGGCCUGGAUGGAAGAACUAUCCAGAACCAUUAUCAGAAGCAAGGAAGAGUACAACAUUAAAGCAUCCCAGGAAAUCUCCCUUCUUGAAGAGCUGAUGGAGGAAUUGGAAGAAAAACAGAAACAGUCACCAUGGGAACUCCUGCAGGACAUAAGAGUCACCCUGAUGAGGGCAGAAUGGAUGAUUUUCCCUAAAGAGUGGGCUGUGCCUCCUGAGUUGAAAGAGAAAGUCCACAUUAUAUUCUGGAAAUCAGAGUGUAUGCAGAAGAGCAUGAGGAAGUUCAUAGAGAGUCUGCAAUCAGAAAUGGAAAUGUUCAAAAUUUUACAGCUGAGAGAAGUCCAACUGUAUACAGCUAAUGUGACUCUGGAUCCGGAAACAGCACAUCCUCAACUUAUCAUAUUUGAUGAGCAGAAAAGUGUGAGACUUGGGAAGAAAUGCCAGAAGUUGCCUAAUGUCCCACAAAGAUUUGAUAAUUCUCUCUUUGUUCUGGGAUCUCCAAGUUUUGUCUCAGGGAAACGGUAUUGGCAGGUAUACGUGGGAGACAAGACUAUGUGGACAUUGGGAGUUUGCAAAAAUUCUGUGAACAGGAAGGGGAGUAUAGCCUUUUCACCAGGAAAUGGGUAUUGGUUGGUAAUGAUGACAAAGAAGAAUGAGUACAGUGCCUCCACCGUUCCACCAACCCCACUCUAUUUGGGAGAGCCCCCAAGAUGUGUGGGAAUUUUCCUGGAUUAUGAAGCUGGAGAUAUUUCCUUUUACAAUGUGACUGCCAGAUCCCACAUAUAUACGUUCCCUUUCUCUGGUUCUUCCUCUGAUCCUCUUCGACCUGUCUUCAGCCCUGGUUUGCAUGAUAGAGGCAAAAACACAGAUCCUCUGUCCAUCUGUCUAUUGAGUAGAUAGAAUAAAAGAAGUUUAUCUAGCAUCCAUGCUAUUGAACAUGAAUCUACUCAGGUGAGCUCAUGCUCUCUAUAACAUUUUAAAAUCUCAUUUACGGAGUAAACACACAUAUCUUACUUUGUCUUUUGGUUAUCACUAUACUUGCUUUUAAUCCUCCUCCUAGACUUUAUACUCUUUACAGGCAGAAACUCUGUCCUAUUCAAUUCUAUAUUCCCCAUAGCACUGUGAAUAAAGACUUGUAUAGUUGUUGGUGCUAAAUAAAUGUUUGUUGAAUAAA